CUAGACCCAUGCCAAUGGAUGCUGCGCGCACAAUGAUAAUCAGGUGAAUUCCACUCCUGGGCACUCGGUCGUCGGUGGAGCUGUCGCUUCAUGCCAUUGCUAGUCUGACAGUGGAAGAGAUAGAGGGGCAUCAGGCCAUACCUGAGACCUACUUUCUCCUCAAAGCAUUGGUGGUGAUGGGCGGGGAGGCAGGUGCCCCCGUGAGUGUCAAACGAGCUAGAUGUGAUUUUGUUGCAUCUGAUUGCUGGGCAACACAGCCGCAGACGCUGAUCGACGCCCUCGAUGAUGGUUGCCUCCUCAAGAUCUUUGCGUUCCUAUCACCUAUGCCCGACCGUUUCGCCGCCACCAGGGUAUGUAAGCGGUGGCAUGGUUUGGCCAGCGAUCCCCGCAUGUGGCUAAGGGUGGGGCCACAACUACAGCCAUCAGAGAACGACCUUGCCGUCUUUGGGACGUUGGAUGCAGCAGUGGCGGCAGCAAGACCGGGUGAUACUAUCGAGAUUGCCCCAGGGCAGAAACAUCGGGCGUCCAACCUGAGGAUCAGCAAACCCCUGUGCCUGGUGGGCGGCGGCCGCUCCCAGGACGACACCGUCCUCUCCUGCACUCGUGGCAGCGAUAGCGCGCUCAUCUUCCAUGCCAACAGCCGCCUCGCCAACCUGACCGUCCGGGCUGAACUGGGCAGCUGUCUCUUACACAAGGGCGGCCGCCUCACCAUCGAGAAUUGUGCACUUCAGUGCCUAGCCCAUCCCCUGGAGCAUCUAUCCUGUCCCCUGGUAAGCACCGCGGACGCACCGCUGGCCAGCGUAGGGGGCCCGUCAAGCGAGGUCAGUGUUGCAAAGACGAGGAUCGAGGGGGGUCAGCGUGCGGUGCAGUGCAGCGGCACGCUCACGCUGCAGCAGGUGCGGGUGAUGGCCAUGAAAGCAACGCUGCUUUUUUGGUUCACGGUGGCCGCGCGCCGGCUUGACAGCAUCUCGGCGCCGGCCAGCUAGCGGGACGAGCAUGGAGAGAGGGGCUGCGGUUCCCGAUAGAGCUUGCGGGGAUGCAACAAGGUUAAUUCAAGAGCUUUGCCAUCCACCUUGUUAGCAUGUGGGGCAGCGGCCUGCCCUUUCGUGGAAAGUCAUUUCAGCAAGGUGAGGUGGGAAUCUGUAAGUGUAAUAUGAUGUACAGAAGAUUUGUAUCAAAAUUGGCUAAGAGGCAAAGCCAUUACCUCUGCCAGUUUCAGAUUUCAAGCCAAGUUGAGAGCAACUGGUCUAGACAAGCUGCUCUUCUAUGACCUGAAGUCGAAGGAAUGGUUUUGAAGAUCUGUAUUGUACACGGACCGGUGACUUGCGGCAAUCAAUGCAUUACGAUUGAUGCAGGCGAAGCAGGGCUCGGAGUA